CCACCCACCAUGGCGGAUCUAACGAGGCCGCCCCUGUGUGACAUCAAGCGACCCGAGGAAGUGGUGAAAAUGUCGAUGACGGACAACCUCAAGUUCGCGGUCCUGAUCGGGCUAAUUGAGGUGGGCCAGGUGUCAAACCGGGAGGUGGUCAACACGGUGCUGCAUCUGCUUGUUGGUGGCGAAUUCGACAUGGAGCUGAACUUUGUCGUGCAGGACGCACAAAACGUGAAACACAUGCUCGAGCUGUUGGAUCACUGUCCGGCAAACCUGCAGGCUGAGGUGUGGAGCGUGUUUAUCGCGAUCCUGAAAAAGAGCGUACGCAACCUGCAGGCGUGUACCGAGAUCGGGCUGAUCGAGCAUGUGCUGGCACGGCUGCAGCAGGCCGAACCGAUCGUGGCCGAUCUCUUAAUCGAGAUGCUCGGUGUGCUCGCUAGCUACAGUAUUACGGUGAAGGAGCUAAAGCUACUGUUCGGCGCUAUGAAAGCAGUCAACGGCAAAUGGCCCCGCCAUUCGGCCAAACUGCUUAACGUGUUGAAACAGAUGCCCCACCGAAACGGGCCGGAUGUGUUUUUCAGCUUUCCCGGACGCAAGGGUUCGGCUGUUGUGCUGCCUCCGUUGGCAAAAUGGCCGUACGAGAACGGUUUUACCUUCAGCACUUGGUUCCGGUUGGAUCCGAUCAAUUCGGUUAACAUUGAGCGUGAAAAACCCUACCUAUACUGUUUUAAAACGUCCAAAGGAGUCGGGUACACGGCACACUUCGUGGGUAACUGCCUGGUACUAACGUCCAUGAAGGUGAAGGGCAAGGGUUUCCAGCACUGCGUGAAGUAUGAGUUUCAGCCGCGCAAGUGGUACAUGAUUGCCAUUGUAUAUAUCUACAACCGGUGGACGAAGAGUGAGAUCAAGUGCCUGGUGAAUGGCCAGCUAGCGUCGAGCACGGAAAUGGCCUGGCUAGUGUCAACGAAUGAUCCGUUCGACAAGUGCUACGUCGGUGCCACGCCGGAACUGGAUGAGGAGCGUGUGUUCUGCGGGCAGAUGGCCGCAAUCUAUCUCUUCUCGGAGGCGCUCACCACGCAGCAAAUCUGUGCAAUGCAUCGACUCGGGCCGGGUUACAAGUCCCAGUUUCGCUUCGACAACGAGUGCUAUCUGAAUCUGCCGGACAACCACAAGCGGGUGAGUGAGGCGAAAGCCAUCAUUUCGUCGCUUUCUCCAACGCCACUGGCUCCGACCGAGUCAACUAUCCAUAGAAAUCUAGUUAGCGGCAGCACUGCUGCUGCUACUGCCGCCGCUGCUGCUGCUACCGGUGCCGCCGCUGCCGACCACCACCACCCGUCCUCGUUUUCCUCAUCCUCGACCGCGGCUUCGGCCAGUUCCGGUGUUGCGCUUGCUUCCGCUGCCCCGGGCUCCGGUGGCGAACCGUUUGAUUUAGUAUCCGUGCUGUACGACGGGAAACUUUCAAGUGCCAUCGUCUUCAUGUACAAUCCGGUCGCAACGGACGGUCAACUGUGUUUACAAUCGGCUCCCAAGGGCAAUCUAUCGUACUUCGUCCACACGCCGCACUCGCUUAUGCUGCAGGACGUAAAGGCUGUUGUUACCCAUUCCAUCCACUGUACGCUGAACUCGAUCGGCGGUAUACAGGUGCUGUUUCCACUGUUUUCGCAACUUGACAUGCCUUACGAAGGCACGGAUGUGCGAAAGGAUCCAACACUAUGCGCCAAGCUGCUUGGAUUCAUCUGUGAGCUCGUCGAAAGCUCACAAACGGUACAGCAGCACAUGAUACAGAAUCGAGGAUUUCUGGUGAUAUCCUUCAUGCUGCAACGUUCCUCCCGCGAUCACCUAUCGUUAGACGUGCUGGGAUCGUUUCUGAGUCUUACCAAGUAUCUGGUGACUUGCCUGUCCGCCAACUCGGAUCUCUUGCUCAAACAGCUCUUCUGUUUCUCUUUCCUCACCUGGCAGCUGUUAGAUCACGUGCUGUUCAAUCCUUCGCUGUGGAUUUACACACCGGCGACAGUACAGGCACGCCUGUACGCGUACCUGGCGACGGAGUUUCUUAGCGAUACGCAAAUCUACAGCAACGUGCGCCGCGUCAGCACGGUCCUGCAGACGGUGCACACGCUCAAAUUCUACUACUGGGUGGUGAAUCCGCGCGCGAAGAGCGGCAUCACGCCGAAAGGGCUCGAUGGUCCCCGACCGGCCCAGAAGGACAUACUGGCGAUCCGUGCUUACAUACUGCUGUUCCUCAAGCAGCUCAUCAUGAUCGGUAAUGGCGUGAAGGACGACGAGCUGCAGAGCAUCCUUAACUACCUGAUGACGAUGCACGAGGAUGAAAAUCUGCACGACGUGCUGCAGAUGCUCAUCUCGCUGAUGUCCGAACAUCCGAGCUCGAUGGUGCCGGCGUUCGAUGUGAAGCACGGUGUGCGCACAAUCUUCAAACUGCUCGCCGCCGAAAGCCAGCUGAUACGGCUGCAGGCAUUGAAGCUGCUCGGCUUCUUCCUGUCACGCAGCACGCAUAAGCGAAAGUAUGAUGUAAUGUCGCCGCACAAUCUGUAUACGCUGCUCGCCGAACGUUUGCUGCUGUAUGAAGAGUCCGUCUCGCUGCCAACCUACAACGUGCUGUACGAGAUCAUGACCGAGCACAUCUCGCAGCAGAUCCUGUACGCGAAGCACCCCGAGCCGGAAAGUCACUACCGGCUGGAGAAUCCCAUGAUACUGAAGGUGGUCGCAACGCUAAUACGUCAGUCGAAGCAGUCCGAGCAGCUGAUCGAGGUGAAGAAGCUGUUUCUUUCCGAUAUGACACUGCUGUGCAACAACAAUCGCGAAAACCGGCGCACCGUACUGCAGAUGAGCGUAUGGCAGGAGUGGCUAAUCGCGAUGGCGUACAUACACCCGAAAAACUCGGAGGAACAGAAGCUGUCCGAUAUGGUGUACUCGCUGUUCCGCAUGCUGCUGCAUCAUGCCAUCAAGUACGAGUACGGUGGGUGGCGCGUGUGGGUCGAUACGCUCGCAAUCGUACACUCGAAGGUGUCGUACGAGGAGUUUAAGCUGCAGUUCGCCCAGAUGUACGAACACUACGAGAAGCAUCGGACGGAUAACAUUACCGAUCCGGCACUCCGCCAGCAGCGUCCAAUCAGCACGAUCAGUGGCUGGGAGCACGGUGCGAACGGUAGCAAUGGAACCGGCGCCGGGAAGGACGGUGAGCUGGACAUGCACGGCAAGUGCGUGAAGCAGAUUGGGCCGGGUUCGGCCGGUGCCGGCGUUACGGUAACGCCCGGUUGUGUUUGCGAACCGGAAACGGGUGAAACGAUGAUCGACACGAGUGUGAUGGCGAAGCAGCAAGCGAUCGGGUUUGCAAGCUCGGCACCGGACGCACCAACCGGCAAUGGGUACAUGCGGGGCGGCGAGGCGGAUCUAACGGAGGAGGACGAACUGCCGCCGCACGCCGAAGUGGAAGAAGAUGCGGACGGUGUAGACGAAGAAGAGGAAGAAGAGGAAGACGAAGAGCAGGAUGAGGACGACGGUGAUGAGGAGGGUGAGUUUGGUGCAGCCGUGCAGCAUCAGCCACGCAACGAAACCGUCACCAUUGCAAGCCAAACAACUGCAACCACCACCGAAAGUGAAGUGGUGAAAACAAUUGUCGAUGAAAUUAUCGAUAAAUCGGCCAACAUGUUGGUGGAGCACAGUGAAGCAUCCAUGCACGACGACGACGACGACGAGGAGGAGGAAGACGAUGACGAGCGGCAUGGCAAAGAGGCACCGGCCGAACCUACAUCCUCGCCGGUGAUUAAGGACGAAGAGAUCGAGCUAGCGGUUAACGAAGUGGUUAAAAUGAACCAGAACGCACUGAAGCCUGUGGAGGGCGAAGACGUCGGUUUGGACGGUGGCUCGCCCGUUGACAACGUGAACAACAACCAGAAAAUAGGGGACGAUCCGGCGACCAGGGGUAGCGUGGAAACGGUCGGCAGUACAUCGGAAUCAUCCACUGUUAGUAGUUCGCCCUCGGUUGCCUGUGUCAGUGAUAAAUCAAAUGAUAGACCCACGCCGAUGUCACCGGUACUGCAAAACGAACCGGAUCCGCAGAAGGUGAACGCUGCGGUUGGCACCAUAGUGGACGAACUGCUCGAUCGGUGCUUCCCGGCCGAGGAGAGUAGCGCCGAUGUGCCCGCUACGCGCGCACUAGCCACCGAGAUGCAGGAGGUCGUCGAGUCGAUCAUUACCGACGCGGUCGAGAAGGUGGAAAAGGCUGGCACGUCGGGCACGACCGUGGGUGAAGGUGGGGAAGGAAACGAGCAGCAAACUGGACAGCAGGAGGGUGGUAGUAUGCAUCACCAUCAUCAUCACCAUCGGCACCAUCCGCAUCACCAUCAUCACCAUCAUCAUCACCAUGCGCAUGAGGGUGAGGAACAUCAGCGGAUUUCCGUUGUGUCCGAUGCGAUGGAAGGUAUGGCAAUCAAUGACAAGCAGCGCACUGCAGGUGGCAGUUUGAUCGAGGAGGAGGAAGAUGAAGUUGACGAGGAAGAGGAAGAGGAGGAGGAAGAAGAGGAAGAGGAAGAGGAUGAUGGAGAAGUGCUGGUGGCGGAAACGGAGGUACGGUUCGAACCGGCCGAUGAGGGUGAGGAAUGUGCGAACAGUACGAACGAUACCGGCAAGGAUGGUCCCACUGGUACAGCGGUCAGUGUGAAGCCGCCGGCCAGCAAUAGUACGAUCGGUGCCGGAUCGAAACGUGCCGUCAGUGUGUCGACCAACACGCAACAGUAUCUCGAUGCACAAUCGCACCCAAAACAAAGCCAACCGGUACAGCAACACCAGCAGCAACAAUCUACCGCCUCACAAGCGGCCGUACAAUCGAUGAGUUAUGAGGGCAGUAGUGGGGCCGGUGGUGGUAGCAAGCGCUCCAAAUCUGCCUCGACACGUCCAAUGUUUUCGCCCGGCCCAACCCGGCCCCCGUUCCGCAUACCGGAGUUUAAAUGGUCCUACAUUCAUCAGCGCCUGCUGUCCGAUGUGUUGUUUUCGCUCGAAACGGAUAUCCAGGUGUGGCGCAGCCACUCCACCAAAAGCGUACUGGACUUUGUCAACUCGGCGGAAAAUGCCAUCUUCGUGGUGAACACCGUACAUCUGAUCUCGCAGCUCGCCGACAAUCUGAUCAUUGCGUGCGGUGGUUUGCUGCCGUUGCUUGCCAGUGCCACGUCGCCCAACUCCGAGCUGGAUGUACUCGAACCGACCCAGGGCAUGCCGCUCGACGUGGCCGUUUCCUUCCUCCAGCGGCUCGUCAAUAUGGCGGAUGUGCUGAUAUUUGCCAGUUCGCUCAACUUUAGCGAACUCGAGGCGGAAAAGAACAUGUCGUCCGGUGGCAUACUGCGGCAGUGCUUGAGGCUGGUGUGUACCUGCGCGGUGCGCAACUGUCUCGAGUGCAAGGAACGGACGCGCGGUCUCUACAACGGCAUGUCGCUGAAGGAUAUCCCGGGUGGCGUCCAUCUGCAGGCGCUCAUCCGCGGCGCACAGUCCACCUCGAAGACAAUCAUCGAAUCACUGUCCGGCCCGAUGAGCCCGGUAAAGGAUCCGGAGAAGCUGCUGCAGGACAUGGACAUUAACCGGCUGCGGGCGGUCAUCUACCGCGAUGUGAAACGACUCUUUCAGGAGGAAACAAAGCAGGCACAGUUCCUUUCCCUCGCGAUCGUCUACUUCAUCUCGGUGCUGAUGGUGUCGAAGUAUCGCGAUAUACUGGAACCGCCGGUUGAGCUGCAGAUACACCGCAACUCGUCGCCCGUCAUCCACCGGUCGACGCCCACACAGGAGUCGAGCAAUAGGCCACUGUUUCCGCAAUGGUCGCACCACGUCUACCCACAGUUCCUGCCCGGAUCCCAUCCGAACCAUCAGCCGACGGUAGUGCACGGUAGCAGCAACACCAUCACAUCCUCCUCGUCGCAAACCAUUUCAUCCUCGUCCGGUUCGUCGUCGGCCGGUGGGUGUACCAACCUGCUGAACAACAACAACAACAGCAAUCUUAUUAACAACAACAACCUGGCCGGUCUGAACCAUAAAGAUGUCGGCGGUGGUAGCGUAAACGGUGGUGCACUCCCGAUGUACUACGGGCAUGUAGCGGUCGGUGCAACGACAACAAAUGCUGCCACCACCACCACCAACAACACGCUUAACAACAACAACAACAACAACAACAGCCAAAGUUUCGGAGCCGGCCCCGGCAGCUGUAUCUUUACCAGCGAAAUGCUCAACUGUUACUCACCAGCAGCUGCAUCCGCCGCCAUCGCCGGUGGCCAUCUGCACCAUCAGCAUCAACAACCGGCACCGCAGCAACAGCAACAGUACGCACAGCAACAACAGCACGGUCUAAACAACAACUCGCUGACGGCGCUGGUGAAUGCGGGCGGCGUCGGUGCAUACGGUGCGGGCGGUGCCACGGUCGGUGGGCUGGCACCACAGCAGCAUUUGCGUGGUGUUGUCGGACGGGCAACCGCAACCACUGCGACCACCGGUCUGCACAAUGGCGUCGUCGGCCAUACCGUUGGUGGCAAGCUAUCGAAAGGAACCCAAUCGAUGCAGGAAGGUGAUUAUGAGGUGAUCGUGGUGGACGAAAACAAUUCCUCCGUCAUAGCCGACAACGAUUCACACUCCAGCGGUCCACUGUCAAUAAAGGCCGUUACCUCUGCAAGCAACUCGCGGCGCACAUCGAUGGCCAAACAACCGGACCAUCCAGUGUCACCUGCUUCGGCGGCUGGUACUGCUACCGUAAGCGAUCUUCGUCUACAGUCCUGCUACCAGCAGCCGAUGCUAUCUUCCGGUCUGACAGCAACCACGGCCACAGUGGAACCGACCGUGACCACCGCUACCAUUGCCGUGAACGAACAGCGUCCGGAGGUUGUCCACAGGGUGGCGCAGGGCCAACCGAAGAGUGUGGACUCUGACGGAGGUUCGCUGAACCUGAACUCGACCGAAAACGACCCGCAGGAGGUGGAAACAUCGAGCGAGAUCAUGCCGGAUGACAACAAGCCGACGAACUCGAACGACGAAAGCUGGACGGAUGUGAAUCUAAACGAUGAUGUGGCGAGCGAACUGAAACCACCGCGUCCGGACGGUGCGCUCGGUGUGGGUGGUGUUGCGGGUAGCAAUGGUGGUGGUGGUGGUGGAACCGGUGGAGAUCGUCUCAGUUCCAUGGCCAGCACGCUCGGUAGUCGAAUGGACGGUGGUGUGAGUGGCGGUGUGAAUGUCGAUCUCGGCAGCGGUGGAGCUGGUGGUGCUGGUGGUGUGAAGCUGGAAUCCGAUAUCGCAGUAGUGCGCGUACCGGACGGAUACGGCGGACAGGUUGUACCGAGCGGUGGUUCGGUACGGGGCCGACCGGAGGAUCUGAACCUGAAGGCACCGUUCGUGAGCCAGCUCCCGUUGGCAUUACCGUCACGCGAGGCCAGCCUGACGCAGAAGCUGGAAAUAGCGCUCGGACCCGUCUGUCCGCUGUUGCGCGAAAUUAUGGUUGACUUUGCACCGUUCCUGUCGAAAACGCUGGUCGGUUCCCACGGUCAGGAGCUGCUGAUGGAGGGCAAGGGAUUGACGACGUUCAAGAACAGCCACUCGGUGGUGGAGCUGGUGAUGCUGCUCUGCUCGCAGGAGUGGCAGAACAGCCUCCAGAAGCACGCCGGCCUAGCGUUCAUCGAGCUGAUCAACGAAGGCCGGCUGCUGUCGCACGCGAUGAAGGACCACAUCGUGCGGGUGGCAAACGAGGCCGAAUUCAUACUGAACCGGAUGCGGGCGGACGAUGUGCUGAAGCAUGCCGACUUUGAGUCCCAGUGUGCCCAGACGCUGCUCGAACGGCGCGAGGAGGAACGGAUGUGCGACCAUCUCAUUACAGCGGCACGGCGUCGUGACAACGUGAUCGCGAGCCGGCUGCUGGAGAAGGUGCGCAACAUAAUGGGCAAUCGGCACGGGGCGUGGGGCGAUAUGAACGCAAACUAUCAGAAGCAGAUCUUCUGGAAGCUGGACGCGUGGGAGGACGAUGCGAGACGCCGGAAACGCAUGGUGCAGAACCCGCGCGGAUCCAGCCACCCGCAGGCGACGCUGAAAGCAUCGCUUGAAAAUGGUACCGCUGCGACGUCCGGCUCAACAACGACGUCAGCGACUGCUCCGACCGGUACGGAUGAUGCGGUCGGUGCGGAAACGACCGCCCCCGGUGGUGCCCGGCCAGCCGGUGUUGCGCGGGAGGAAAUUUACUCCCAAAUUGCGGUGCCCCGUUCGCAGCAACCGGACCUGCUGGACGAUUCCGAGCUGCUGAUAGAGGACCGCGAGCUAGACCUCGACCUGACCGGACCGGUGAACAUUAGCACGAAGGCGAAACUGAUCGCACCCGGGCUGGUGGCGCCCGGCACCAUGUCAAUUACCUCCACCGAGAUGUACUUCGAGGUGGACGAGGAGAACGGUGAGUUUCAGCAGAUCGACCAGGAGGUGCUCAAGUACUGUGACCACCUGCACGGCAAGUGGUACUUCUCGGAGAUUCGGGCCAUCUUUUCCCGGCGCUAUCUGCUGCAGAACGUAGCGCUCGAGAUCUUUCUCGCCAGUCGCACAUCGAUACUGUUCGCGUUCCCGGACCAGCACACCGUGAAGAAGGUGAUCAAAGCGUUGCCCCGGGUCGGUGUUGGCAUCAAGUAUGGCAUACCGCAGACGCGCCGUGCAUCGAUGAUGUCGCCCCGUCAGCUGAUGCGCAACUCGAACAUGACGCAAAAGUGGCAGCGGCGCGAAAUUUCCAACUUUGAGUAUCUGAUGUUUCUGAACACGAUCGCGGGCCGCACGUACAACGAUCUCAACCAGUAUCCGGUGUUCCCGUGGGUCAUCACCAACUACGAGUCGCGCGAGCUCGAUCUCAGCCAACCGUCAAACUAUCGCGACCUCUCGAAACCGAUCGGUGCGCUAAAUCCGAGCCGACGGGAGUAUUUCGAGGAGCGGUACGAAACGUGGGACACGCCUGGUAUACCACCGUUCCAUUACGGCACGCACUACUCCACUGCCGCGUUCGUGCUGAACUGGUUGAUACGCAUCGAACCGUUCACGACGAUGUUCCUUGCGCUGCAGGGUGGCAAAUUCGAUCAUCCCGAUCGGUUGUUCUCCUCCGUGGCACUGUCGUGGAAGAACUGUCAGCGCGACACAUCCGACGUGAAGGAGCUAAUACCGGAAUGGUACUUCCUGCCCGAGAUGUUUUACAACGCGUCCGACUAUCGGCUGGGACAGCGCGAUGAUGGCAGCACGGUUGGGGAUGUGGAUCUACCGCCGUGGGCGAAAACGCCCGAAGAGUUCGUACGCAUCAACCGGAUGGCACUCGAGUCCGAGUUUGUCUCCUGCCAGCUGCACCAGUGGAUCGAUCUAAUCUUCGGCUACAAACAGCGCGGCCCGGAAGCGAUGCGUGCGACGAACGUGUUCUACUACCUCACGUACGAGGGUAGCGUCGAUCUGGACACGAUCGGUGAUCCGGUGACGCGGGACGCCAUCGAAAAUCAGAUCCGCAACUUUGGUCAAACGCCCAGCCUGCUGCUAAUGGAGCCGCAUCCGCCACGCUCGUCGGCGAUGCACCUGUCGCCGAUGAUGUUCAACACGAUGCCGGACGAUGUGUGCAUGUCGCUCAAAUUCCAUCUGAAUUCGCCCAUCAUACACAUCUCGGCCAACACGUACCCGCAGCUACCGUUGCCAUCGGUUGUUACCGUUACCGCGGGCCACCAGUUUGCGGUAAACCGUUGGAACUGUCAGUACACCGCCAGCAUCCAAAGCCCGAGCUACGCGGAAUCGACGCAAAACAUGAACGCUAAUCUACCGCUCACGAUGGAUCCUUUGUUAUCUCAAAUCAAUGGACACAACAGCAGCAACCAACAGAACCGGCGCCAUCUCGGUGACAACUUUAGCCAGAAGUUGCAGAUAAAAUCCAACUGCUACGUUACGACGGUUGACAGCCGGUUCCUGAUCGCGUGCGGCUUUUGGGACAACAGUUUUCGCGUGUUUUCCACCGAAACGGCAAAGAUUGUGCAGAUCAUUUUCGGCCAUUUCGGCGUAGUGACGUGCCUGUCACGGUCCGAAUGUAACAUUACGUCCGAUUGCUAUAUUGCGUCCGGUUCGGCUGAUUGCACAAUACUGCUGUGGCACUGGAACGCACGCACGCAGUCAAUCGUUGGUGAGGGUGAGAUACCAACACCGCGUGCUACGCUCACAGGACACGAAACGGCCGUCACGUCGGUGGUGAUCAGUGCUGAGCUGGGACUGGUUGUAUCUGGUUCAAUAAACGGACCAGUCCUGGUACAUACGACGUUCGGUGAUCUGUUGCGGUCGCUAGAAGCACCAAAAGAUUUUAUCUCGCCCGAAAACAUUACCCUAUCGCGCGAGGGUUUCAUCGUGGUGAACUACGACGAAGGUAGCGUUGCCGCGUACACCAUCAACGGGAAGCUGCUGCGCUAUGAGUCACACAACGAUAACCUACAGUGCAUGCUUCUGUCGCGGGAUGGCGAAUAUUUGAUGACUGCCGGUAACAAGGGCAUCGUGGAAGUGUGGCGAACGUUUAAUCUCGCACCGUUGUACGCGUUCCCGGCCUGCAACAGUGGAAUACGUUCGUUAGCUCUCACGCACGAUCAGAAGUAUUUGCUAGCCGGUCUGGCAACUGGAUCCAUCAUCGUGUUUCACAUCGAUUUCAACCGCUGGCACCACGAGUACCAGCAGCGCUACUGAAGCAACCGAACCAGCCUCGGCACCGUACCGUACGCGCUAGUCAAACUGGAUGUAAACCGGCAACAGCGACGACAGAGUGCGCCGGUCGCUUGUGCCUAACAGUUCAAUCCUAUUUGCUGGCAAGAAAGAAAAACAAAACGAAUCCAUUCCGUGGGGUGUCCCAUUUCACCCUCUCUCUCUCUCUCUAUCUCACAGUCGCUGAGCCCCCGUUACGAUAUUCAGCGUAUUGUACUGAUUUUAAGUGUGCCGCCACAGUAAUUGCACCGACACUUAGAAAAUUGCCAAACUCAAUUAAUUGCAAACCCCCUCGCUAAACGCUGAGAUAGUUUUAGCCAAGCAUGUGUGACAUGUGAGAAGCGAAGAUACGAAGUGUGAACGACCAGGCGCGGCAGCGUACUUGAUGCUGUACUUAAUUCUUACUUUAAGACGCAGACGCAGCGUGAGGAAGGAAACGAAUGCAUUCCAGUUAAGUGCGAGCUGCGCGGAGAAAAACGAGAGAGGAAAGAGGUUAUGAGUAGCAUAAUAAUAUGCAAAUAUUCCACAUAGGUCACCACUCACCCCAUUCGCCGAUGCAAUUUUACUGCAAUUGCUUUCACUUAGAAGCAACAGACGCGUCAGUUGUGGAAAUCUGCACUGAAAUAGCAUUUUAAAGAAAAUGAUAUGACAAAAACACACUCAUACACUCCCACAAUAACAUAACACAAAGUAACGAAACUGCGAAAAGGGCGCAAAAAAUUUAGGCCAGCCUUUAUUGGAUGCAUGCAUUGAACGUUCGGAUCGAUUGAUCAUCCGGGUAAAGUAGAACAAGCCUAGCGGCUUUAAGAUAAAUAGUUAAGAGAAAAGUUGUUGGCAGGAGUUGAAAAUGGGUAAAUGAAGGAUAGGUUUGCAGCAGAUGUCAGCUGUCGUAGUAAGGCCAGUGUAGUUUUGUGUGCAACGCAACGCCUUGAUUGUGUGGGUGGUAGUGCUGCUGGGACUGCACGUGCGUGUAUCCGUACGUUGUGUUUUUUUUUGUUUUAUUUAUCUUGCAUUGCAUUAGGUGAACUUUCGCUGAACACCACUGAUUGUUUUACACAUCCUCAGCGCCAUAUGGGGACCGUUUUAUCGCAACUACAUGCAUGUGUGUCUGUGUGCGUAUGUGUGUAUAAAUGCAUCAUAGGACACAGCAACUCUUUCUGUGUGGUUGAAUGUAAUUUUAUCAUUCCAAUUUUACCCCUCCUCCCGCACGUAAACCCAUUUAUCGUGAUAAUGUGUGUGGUUUUUUUUUUUUCUGGGCGAGGGAUUGGAUAAAUGUUUUGUACAAUUUGUGUUGGUGUAAUAUUAUGCAUAUAUGCAAACACUCAUAACACUCGAAACGUGUGACAAUUAGCUUAAUAAUCUGUCGGCUUACCGUGAAAAAACAAAAAACGAAUUACAUCGUUACUAAUGCGGGACGGAUGGGGGAAAAAAGGUUCUACUUCUUAUUUCGCACAACAACAACCCGUGGGUGGUCUCUGGGUUGGGGCUAACUUGCGUAUUGGGGCUUGCUUGUCCUCUGUGUGACUUGAUUUUACCACGGGUACGGUGAUACCUAUAGCAACGGUGGGUGAAGUGUGGGGAGGAGGAAAGAAAUUAAAAGAACGCAAUAACCUAGUUGUAAUCAUUAUCGAUUAACUACCUAGACUACAUAGCACACAAACACAUACAGGCAAACCCACACAUGAACACCGAAUACAUUUACGCAAGUUCAUUGAGUACAUGAAUGCCAAAUUGUAAAGAUUUUAAUAACAGCCUUUUAAAAAAAAUCGAAUAUAAAGCAAAACAAACAAAUAAGUAUAUAUAUAUAUACAUAUAUAUAUAUAUAUUGAGCUAACAGGAGGUUGCCGCUAGUAUGACGGGAAUUCGAGAAAAGUUGGUACACCUAGUGGUAAACCAAGGAAGUAAAAAACAAAAAUGAAAAACCGCUGCAUUUACAUUAAACGGACGCAAGAGUGAGAGCAGUGCAAGAAUAGUAAAAAAAAAACAAUCCUACCCAAACACAUACCAGCACAUACACAAAAGAACGCAAAGGCCCCCAUCAGGGGGCCUGAGUAGCGCAAGGUUGGAAAGUUCCGACUUCCUCGUGCGUAUCCUCUGUGCGUGAGUGUGUUUUGAUUGUGGGCGCGUGACACAUCCCCACGCCAAAAUGCAUUACCACCCCUGGGGUGAUGUGGGCGAUGCAACAGUGCGUAAUUAGUGGCAAGGAGUCAGUAGAGUACUAUAAAGGCAAUGAGACAGACGUCAAAAUGGGGGGGAAAAGGAGGGAGGGGAUAGAGAAGUAAACGAUGGGUGCGCAGGAGAUAGAGAGAUAUGCAACAUUCUGAGGUUAUCCGUCCGCGAAUAUUUACAUUAGCCAUUACAUACAAAGGAUUAAAAAAACAACAACAUAUGAGUAAAGAAACCAAAGGUGAAAAACGUAAAAAAAAUAUUAAUAUGAUGAAAACCUACAAAACACUCCCCCAAAAAAACACACACACACACACAUACAGAACCCCAUUUUAGGCCCGAAAAGUCGUGUUUGCAAAUAGCAAUUAAUAAACCGGGUGCUCAGUGCGUGCGCAGAGAAAAUGGCAGUACUCUCCAAACCCGGUCGCCAAUGUGGUGUUUGUUUCUUUUCGUUGUUUUGAAUAUUGUUUAGCGUUUCCAUAAUAGUGCGCACUAUUUUUGUUUUUGUCACUAAAAACAAACAAAGAUAAACAAAAGUACGCGUACGGUAAACUAAGCAAAACAAAAAGCAAACAACAACAAAAAAAACCAUACACACACAUACCGAAAUCGCCACUUAAAAACGUAAGACCGAAACGUAGUAGAAGUGAAAAGGAGAGCGGUAAUGAGAAAACUGUGUAAUAGAGAGGACGCAAAGAAAAAAAAACAUGCAACUAACGCAAAACCUUAUUUCACGUGCCAAAAUAAUAUUAAAUAGAACAAUAUUAAAAAGAAGAAAAGAAAAACAAUACACAAAUGAACGUUUGGAAGGCGGCGAUGCGAUACAUCAAAAAAGAAAUCAGCAGCUAUGAAUUAGGGGUGAGCAAACAGCAAAACAAACACACGUAAUAAGUAACACAGCAGCAAAACACAUACAAGAUAAAAGAGGAAAAAUGGAAGCAUGCAACAAAAAAAAACUAACAGACUCAAAACGCAAAGCAAAAAAAAAACAUUAAAUGAAAGACACAACAACAAAAAAAAAACAAAAAUCCUGCCUAAA